AUGUCGAUCGAUAUAUUUUUAACGGCUUUUCUCGUAUUGACAACGUCCGAAUAUAAAAUGUGCGAUUGUGAAAAUUUGUUUACACCGGAAACACUAAGUUUAACGGUUUAUUCGGGAGCGGAAGAAACGACUUUGUUUCCGGAAACAAACGUCACGGCAAUGAUUCAAAAUUACAACGGGUCGUCGUCGUCGUUAACGGACGAAAAGAAAUCUUUGUUAAAUGAGAAAAAAAACGCGGGAAAAAAUUCAAAUAAAAUGAGUUUUAAAAACGGUAGUAAAAUAGUUAACAGUAGAAUUUGGCCGGUUAAACAUUCGGCGGAAAUGAACGGAGAUUUGAUAUUGGGAGGUCUCAUGAUGGUUCACGAAAGAGAAGAUUCCAUCACUUGUGGGCCCAUAAUGCCACAGGGUGGUGUUCAGGCAUUGGAAACAAUGUUGUACACUCUCGACAUAAUUAACAACAUGGGUAUACUACCCAACAUAACGAUGGGUGCUCAUAUACUGGACGAUUGCGACAAAGAUACCUACGGAUUAGAAAUGGCCGUGGAUUUCAUUAAGGGUGUUAAAGUUAAAGAAAAACCGUAUAUAUACCGCUCGAUCAUGAUAUUGUUUUUCUUUUAUUUUCUUUUCUUUUCUCCUCAUGAUGGCGAAGACGGUGUAUAA